AUGGCCCGAAGCUCCGGCAGAGUCGGGACUGAGAAGUCUUUCACUAGUGGUGCGUAUGGUCAGGGCCCCUUGGUUGGCCUGCGAAAACACGUAAGCAGCCAUGCGCAUGUCACCAGACUUCUGGUGAAGUUGGCAGUGCAGUUCUUUCCAGCAUUGACAGUGCAGUUCUUUCCAGCAUUGACUUUUACAACUGCGGCCUUGUUUCGUGAUGUCCAAACAACCCGACAUUCAGAUAAAGGCAAUUUGCCUGGUUCUCUGAAUGGCGUGGCUGCGCUCAGUAACUUCUCAGCUGGGCAUAUCAAGUUGCACACUUCAGAUGGUGAAAGACGCCUCGAUGUGGCGACUUGCCCAGUGGUGUUUGAUCCGGCAGUGGAGCACGAAACUUGCUCUUGGGAGGGCACCCGCCUUGUGCUGGUUGCUUUCUCAGCGAAUCGGCUUGAUCUCAUGUCAGCUGAGGACACUGCCUCGCUGCUUAAUUUGGGGUUUCCUCUUCCCUCUGUAGGUCCCCCUUCGGUUUCCCAUAGGUCGCAGCCCAAAGUUACAUCAGCUAUGGCUGGUGACCGAGGCCUUGUGUUGCAUUUCUUCGCUGGCCCUGCGCAUCUUGCUCAGUCCUUGCAAAAGAAUGGCUUCGACGUCUUGGCCUUCGAUCGCGGCACUGCCCGUGCCCGCUUUCCAGUCCAGUCUAUCGACUUAUGCGACCUGCAGGACCGGACUCUUUGCUGCAGCAUUUUGACCGAGCAGGCAGAUCGCAUUGAGCUAGUUUUCUUGUCGCCGCCUCUGCUGUCUUCAUGCAUUGAGUCAGAUCCACUCGCAGUGGCUGUGACCGCUGUUGUUCAGCAUGUCGUUGAGCUUGGAUUGAGAGUGUGCAUCGAAAGCCCCAUUAAAUCCGCUUUGUGGAGCCAUUCUGCCACAGCUGUUCUCUUCGCUUCAGGUCUGUUCAAGGAUGUUUGCUUUGACGUGUGCAUGCAUGGAGGGCAUCAGAAUCGUCGGGUCCGCUUUAGCUGCAACUCCGACAUCUUUGAGCCUCUUGCCUUGCUUUGCAACCGUUCGCAUAAACAUGCCUCGGAUGCCAUGCUGCAUCCUACGGAUAAAGGUGCAUACCCUUGGCUCCUUUGCCAUCGCAUUUCCGAUCUGCUGCUUCAGCAGACGACCUCACGGGCGCCGCCGACCUCUUUGCUCGGCCCCGCUCCUACAGAAUUGCGUGUUGCCUUGGAUCGCCAAGGCAAGUAUCGACGACCUCUUGUUUCAGAAUUUCAGAGUUACGAUGCUUGGGCUUUCUCUCCUGAGCUCGAGGCCGAACGCUCUCAGGUCCUUGCUUUGUCAUACCCGAAAGGAGCUCGCAUUGUCCGACGCAAACUCUGCAAGGGGGGUGCCGUCCGUGUUUGCCAUCGUCCACUGCUGUCAGAUUCUGGGCCCCGGCUUUCGGCGGAAAAUCAGAUGGUCGAAGUGGCUUGGAUCGGCAUCCCGCGGGAACCUCUUGACUUUCUUCGAGAGGCGGUCAAAGUGGGGCACCCCAAGUCUUUCUUGGACCAGGACGAGCCCAGCAUUGAGCGUCUCGUGGAGAAUUUGCUAGGAUUGAGGCUGGCAUGGCCCACUCAUGUGCAAAACAUCCUUCGAGACAAGAAAACUGAACUCUUGAAGCUGGAUGUUCCGGACAGGUGUUUAUCCGGCCGAGGCCCGACCUCCUUCGGUCAGCAUGGAGAGGUUACAACUCGAGCUUGGGAAGAGACCAAAGCUGAGCUCGAACGGGGAUGGAUUUUCGAGGCCCCAUGUUGCGAGGACGACUGCAUUUCCGAGGGCUCCCAAUCGGGACGUCCAACCAAAGACUUCACGGGAUGCUUUGGCAUACGAGGUGUGUUGAUUGCACGACGGUUUGGGAUUCUGCAGUCGCUCAAGGUUCGGGUGAUUGACGAUUGCAAAGCCUCGGGAUACAACCAGACCACUGGUCUCCCGGAACGCUUCCGUCUCCAUGGCCUUGAGUUCUUGAGUGCCUUUCUUGUCAAAGCCAUGAGAGACGUCAGGUCAAGAUGCACCCCGAUCCUUGGCAGGACGUACGACCUCUCUUCUGCAUACAAACAGUAUGCGGUGCACACAGAAGAUCGGAGUGUAUUGCGCAUCGGGGCCAAAGACACAGAGUCAGGAUCGGUCCGCCUUUUCGGUGUGAACUCACUGCCGUUCGGGGCCACAGGCUCCGUCGCAGGAUUCUUGAGGACGGCGGCUGCGACUUGGUUCUUGGGAGCUCAGGUUUUGAAGCUUGCUUGGGGAUGCUACUUUGACGAUUACCCUUGUCUGUGCAAAGCCAAAUUGUCCGAUGACGUGAGCAGCAUUGUUCAUCGAUUCUUCGGGCUUCUUGGCAUUGUCUAUGCAACCACGGGCAAGAAAGCAGUUGAGUUCGCUGCUCAGUUCAAAGUACUGGGGAUCCUAGUCGACCUCUCAUCCUUCACCGAUGGCACCGUUCUGCUCAAACACACUGAAGAAAGGAUUGCCACCCUGUCCGCUGCACUUCAAGAUGUGCUUGACCGGGAUGCGAUCAGUCAGACCGAGGCAGACCGCAUGCGUGGAAGGAUGCACUGGUUCUCAUCUUUCUUGUUUGGCCGCCGAUCGUGCUUGGCACUGCAAGUCUUGAGCCGUCGUGCCCGAGGCUUCGGCUGUUCUAAGAAGCUUGAUCCUGGGCUGCGGCAAGCCUUGAUUUACCUGAAGGAUGUUGCGUUGCACGCAGAGUCCAUUUCCCUAGACAGGCACAUGGGUCGCACGUACAUCAUCUUCACUGAUGGUAGUCUCGAGGGCCCGACUGCUAGUUUGGGUGGUGCGUUGUUUGAUGGGAGUGGUUCAGCACUCUCUUUCCUCAGCCUUGAUCUCCCGGAUCGGGUCUUGAACAAACUUCGCCAGACCUCCAAGCAUCCUAUAUACGAAAUCGAGAUGCUUGCAGUAUGGGCCGCUCUGUCCAUCUGGUCAGAGCAGUUGGCCAAUACCUAUUCCGUUUUGUACAUCGAUAACGAAGCUGCUCGAGGAGCGUUCACUUCUUGCAAAUCCGGUACUUUGCCGGGAAGCACGAUCCUUGAGGCCUGUGUCACGCUCGAAGAAGCGUCGCGAUGCAGGUUAUGGUUCGGGAGAGUGCCAACUUCGAGCAACAUAGCAGACAAUCCCAGUCGCGGUGAUUGCAGUCAACUUGUGGCCAUGGGAGCGUCUCGGUCAGUGUUGCGACAUCCGUUCCCGCUUUGA